AAUAUCGUUUUAUGACGAAAUGUCACCACCGACCAAAAGUAAUGUAUGGGAUUAUUUUGAACCAAAUAAAGAAGACCAGGAUAAAGCUGAUUGUAAAAUAUGCAAAAAAAGCUACUCUCGCAAGGGCCGCACCACGUCGUCUUUAAAAAACCAUCUUAAGUCGAUGCACUCAGAAGAAUUUUCUACAUUUGAGAACAUUAGUAAAGAAAAAAAAUUACAACAGAUGAAAUCUGACGCAAAUAAAGUUACCACUCCUCUGCAAGAAUCAAAGAAACAACUUUCAUUAGAGGAAAUGGUUCUAAAAGAAAAGAAGUGGGACGUCAAUAACUUGAAUUCUAAAAAAAUUGAUAAACUCAUUGGAGAAAUGAUUGCACUUCAAAAUUUGCCGUUUAAUUUUGUUGAAGGGCUAGGUUUUCGUAGACUGAUGCAAGAAUUAGCACCAAGAUAUAACUUUAGGGGACGCAAUUUUUUUACAGAUUUUGUAUGCAAGGAAUUAUAUAGCAAAGUGGCUCAAAAAGUUAAAGGAUUAAUCGAAAAUUUUGAUAACAUGUCGUUUACGUCUGACAUUUGGUCGGAUCCUAGCUCAAACGCUUCUUUGCUUAGCCUGACUUGCCAUGGAAUUGCAGAAAACUUUGAUAGAUCAUCGAUAAUAUUGAAAUGUGAGACAUUUGACGGCCGUCACACUGGUGACAUAGUUGCUGAAAAAUUCAGUAACAUGCUUUCUGAAUGGAACAUUAAAAAACAACAACUGCAUUGCCUAAUCAGAGAUGAAGGGUCUAAUAUGAAACGAGCCGCGCGAUUAGCAGCAUUAAAUGAUAUAGACUGUACUGUUCACAAGAUACAACUGGCUAUCCGUAGUUGUUUAGGUUCUCAAGAAAACAUAAAAAUACUAAAACAAAAAUGUAAGAGAAUUACGACCCAUUUCAAUCACUCUACCAUUGCCCAGAAACAACUGCAAUCAAUUCAGGACAGACUGAAUCAACCGCACCUGAAAGUGUUUCAAGAUUGUGUAACACGAUGGAACAGUACAUUCUACAUGUUCGAGCGUUUUUCAAAGAUAAAGGAUGCUCUGAGCCUUUACAUGAAUGAUAAUGAAAUUGACCCUAUUCUACCAGAAGAAUGGAAAAUGAUUGAAAGUUUCAUUCAAUUACUGGGACCUUUUGAGGAAGCAACACGGGAACUGAGCAGCUCUUCUGCUCUUAUUUCAUCUGUGAUACCGAUAAUACAAAUGCUUGAAAAAAAAGUUGAUGACUAUUUAUAUUUAACAAGAUCGCAAGAGUUUGAUCCGAUUCGUCAGGCUGUAACGACUUUGAAAAACGAACUUUCUACAAAGUUUUCUAGCUUGGGAGAAAACAAUUUAUAUACCAUCGCUACCUACUUAGAUCCUCGCUAUAAGCACAAAUUUUUCACACCGGUGACUGAAGAAAAGAUUAAAGAUGACAUUUUAAAAAUGAUAAAUAUUGAGAAUGACAAUUUUGAAUCAGUUAAUACCAAUGCCAAAAGGGCUAAAAUAACUGAUUGCAUGGAAAAUGAAACAGAACAACUAGGACCAGGGACUUCAGGUUUCAACAAAAAGCCAUGCUUAAAAAACGACCUGGCUAUGAUGUUAGAUUCGUCGAGUGAAGACGAAAGUCAAGAUGAGCCAGAAAAUAGUAGCGUUGAAGCUGUAUUAAAAAAAGAGUUACUUGCUUACCGUACUAAAAAAAGAAUAAAUGUGAGUGAAAAUCCUUUAAACUGGUGGAGUGUACAUCGAGGGGAAUUCAAGGUAUUAUCGCCGAUAGUACGAAGAUUUUUAUCUGCUCCACCGGGCAGUGUUCCUAGCGAACAACUAUUUAGUAGCGCGGGAUUAAUUUACGAACCUCUGCGUAACAGACUAGAACCAGAAAAGGCGGCAAUACUACUCUUCAUCAAGUAUAAUGCUCCUAUUUUUAAAUUCAACUACUGAUAUAAAAAACAGAAGGUGUUCAGUUACAUUAUACAUGACUUAUAUUUUUAACAUAAAAAUAAGUACUUAAUUAUGUUUGAUUACAAUAAAAAUGUUAAUAAUUA